AUGUCAACUAUGGGACAGCACAGCAAAAAUGAAACAGAUGCAGAGUACAAAGGAGAUCCAGCAAAAGCUACUCCCAGUGGUUGCAGCAGGCAACAAGACAAAUACAAUAGGUAUAUCAGAAAUAGGAUCUCAAUAGGAUACCAGAAAGAUUUGAGAGUAUUGAAGUACACUAAUAAAUGUGAUGAAAAUGUUUUUGUACCAACUGAAAAAAUGGUGGUCAACUUCAUCACCAUUAAUAUUGUGGAUGAGAACAAGGCUUCUCAGGAAACCAUUAACUUAAUGGGCAGGAGCAGCUGCAAAUACUAUAACAUCCAGGAUGAAAACAGACAUGAUAAUAAACCUCCAAAGGAAGGGUUGCUCUUGAAACACUUGGUUGAUUCUUCUGAAGGAGUAAAAAUUUUACCCAACUGUGACCAAGAUGGGAACUGGCCAUGCCAAGGCCAAGUUGGCAACCACUGUACUUUGGGUCAAAGAAAUGAAGAGGUCAUAGAAUAUGAAUGUGAUGUGAGGCCUGCUGACCUCUUUUCUAUGCAGAAACUGGAGGAUCUCAGUGUGAAAGUGAAAUCUUCUGCACUAGGGGAACUGCUAAAUAAGCCCCAGAUUACAUUGGAUGACUUGGACCUUGAUAAAAUAAAACUGCCAUACUGUCCCCAACUUAAUGAAAGGACUACAGACACUUGUUCAGUGCAGAUAUUAAAAGAACUCAAAUGUAAUACACCAGAGGAGCUAUCCCCUGAGACAGCAACUGAGCUGCUAAACUUGGGCACUGAAAAAUCAGGACAAUUACCAUUUCCUCACUUAAGUACAAUAAGCCAGGGCCCCCAGGACCCAAUGGUGAUAGAGGAUGUAAAAAAGGAAGAUGAACAGACUAUAUUAGUAGACUGGGAUCCUCAUACUGGAAAACUGUAUAUAUCUAGUUUGUCCAAUUUUGAAAGUGAUGCUUGUGAAGAAAUAUUUGAACAUGAAAAGUGUGAUGAUCCAGCAAAAGAGGGGCUUUUGUCCAGACUGUAUGAGAGGCAGGUAUCUGAUGAGCCCUCAGAGGACCAAGAAAUAUACCUCCAAAAAUUUAAGGAACAAUGGGGACUGCAUGUAAAAAUGGAAGACUGAGAAGAGU